UCCUCUGCUGGCCAGACGGUGACGAGCUCAGGUGAUAGUUCACCGUGCGCAACUCGCGGUGCAGACCCCGGGCAUCACCCAGCAUCACACAAAUGUGGGUGGGGUCGCUUUGAUGCGCAAACCAGACGGCAAUGUGCGCUCCACGGCGAAUGCCCGAAGUCCGCGUAAACUUCCAGUGAGGAGAACAAAUAGCCUGCGGAGAGGAGAAGAGAAGCGGGGGGAGGCGUGGGGGCUCUACUUCCUUGUAGUCUCACGGGCAAAUGACUGGUGAGAUAUUGCAUAAAAGCAAGAAGGAGGAAUAACCCUGACUGGGCAGAAACUCAGAGGGUACAAGGCGAGGAGCGCUCGCAAGUCUUCGAGUCGUGAGUAGGACGCUUAUUAGCACGUUUGUCUGGUCUUUCUGUGCACCUUUCCUACCCUCGCAGCAUCCCGCUACCCUGCCGUCAUGGCAUGGCCCUGCAUUACGCGCGCUUGCUGCAUCAACCGCUUCUGGACCGAGCUGGACAAAGCGGACAUCGCGGUGCCUUUGGUUUUCACCAAAUACUCGGAUGUGGCCGACGUGCAGCAUCUCCCGCAUCACCCGCAGCCCAGGCAGAAGAGGGCCGGCGCCAUCGCCAUAGAAACCCAGCCGCAUCCCGGCGAGCAGGAGGCAGGGAAGGCACCGCCCGCGACGGGUGCCGCAGCGGGCAAAGAUGGCUCUAAUGCGUCCGUCAUGCGCCAAGACUUCAAGGCGUGGAGAGUGCGCCCCGAGCCCAGCUGCAAGCCCAGGAACGAGUACCAGCGCUCCGCGGCCCCGUUCAACAACGAAACUCAGUAUCAGAAGGACUACAAGCCCUGGCCUAUACCGAAGAAGCACGACCACCCCUGGAUCCCCAAACCGAGCCCCACCGGCGGGCCGGAGCGCAGCGCGGGCGGCGGCAAGCUGGAGCACGCUGCCGCCGAGGCCGAGAGCGGCGUGGAGAAGAGCGAGAUCGAGGAGAAGCUGCAGGAGAAGGAGACCAAGGAGGUGGCGAAGAAGAGCGUGAAGAGGGAAAAGUCGGCGGAGAGGAAAGCGGGUGAGAAGUCGGAGGCGCAGCUGGGCGCAGAUGGGAGCGCCGAGCAGAGGAAAGGCAGAGCAGCUGCAGACGCGCUGAACAGACAGAUAAAGGAGGUGAUGUCGACUUCCAGCAGCUACAGAACUGAGUUCAAGGCGUAUAAGGAUGUGAAACCAGUGAAGCCCAUCAAGGCUCCAUCUCAGUAUAAACCCCCGGCGGAGGAGACCAGCCUGGAAACCAGUUACAGCGCCACAUACAAGGGGGAGCAGGUCAAGGUCAACCCCACCGACAACAAGGUGGUGGAGCGCAGGAGGAUACGCAGCCUGUACAGCGAGCCCGGCAAGGAGCCUGCCAAGGUGGAUAAACCAGUGUCUCGCACCAAACCAAAAAAGACGCCGACAACAACAACAGGGAAGAUGGUGAAAAAAACUAAAGAGAAGCAGAUUGCCAGCUCCCAGUCAGCCAAGAAGAAGCCGUCUUCGGGCGCCGCAGAACCCAAACCGGGCGGAGUCGUCGCCACAAAGAAGAGCAAAGAGAUCAGCAACAGACUGGCCGAAGCUAAGCACUGAAAAGUAGUUCACGUCUGCACCCUUCGACCAAAGGCGACUUGACGAAUGAGGCAAACUUCUUCCCUUUGGUUUCUUUUCCUGUUGUUUUUGCCAUCCUGUCAUAUAUCGUUCACCUCUGAAUGGGCACCAAUGUUGAGCUUUUAGACUAAUGCAAAUGAUUCCACUGUGCGUGUGUGUGCGAGUGUGUGUGUGUGUCGGUGUGUGAAAGUACAGUGUGAUGUGAUUCCUUGUGUUUUGGUGCACUGAACCGCUUUAUAUUAUUGAGCACAUAAUUUGCACAUUAUUUAUAUGAGUUCUGUUUGGCAUCGAGCUAUAAUGGAAAAAAGAAAAAAAAAGCCAUCAGUACACAUAUGCGUGUAUGAAAGGGCAUUUUUACCUUCGUCUGAAUGGAUGACAAUUCAGAUCAAUAUUAAAAUGAUUGUAGAAAAACAAAUGUCGAGGGGGGGGGUGCUUUUUCUCUGAGAGGUUUUGUGAAAGUACAAAAUCUGUUUUACGGUUGCGUUUCCUAGUUACAGUGCCUCCGCUGUAUGGUCCUGGUUUUCAUUUCAUUGUUCUGGAUGAUAUCUGGUUUCAUCAGUUUGGUUGCUAAGGAACCAAAUGAACUGUAAUAUAAUUGCUACGGCUUGCAUGCAGGACCCCUGUUUUUCAGUUGAGUAGCAACAUUUUAGCAGACUAAUAUUGUCACUGUCACAUUUUAGCUUGUAAAUCGAGCCAUUAUAAAGAUAAAUGUAUUGGGGCGAGAACCUUUUUCGAAAUAUAAUGCAUGCGUAGAAAAUAGAUUCUGGUCACACCGAAAAAAGUACAUACAGUAACAAAAAAAUCAUAGUCUAGUGGCUGUUAAAGCUCUGAAAUAAAACACACCAGCAAUAUGGUUUCACCCACAAACAUGUUUCUUGCAAAUCUAAAUGGAGAUCCUUUGAUUUACCAGGAAUACUGCAGUUCAGCGAUGACUCAGUGUUUUGUGACAUUGUGCUCCAUCCUCUCCCUCUGAGCUGUGACGCUGUAACACUAAAACAAAAGAUGCACACAGGCCUGUAAAAAAGAAGACCUGGCUCUGAUCUCUCCAGGUGUUGAAGGACAAGGAAUGGGCCAGGACUUGUAGUUCAGCUCUUUAAAAAAAAAUGCUGCUGUCUGAAGAAAAAAAAAAAAAGAGGCGCAAAUCACCUCUGCUCAAUGUGAGUGUGACAUGUUUCUACUGAAAAUGCCAUCACACACCCUUCCCUCUCUGGUUGUGAACUCAGUCAUGCACCGUGAUGCCCUUCAGCGCCAACAUGGCUGCAGAGCGCGAGGGCCCGAGUCGAGCACUAAUACCCACCGUGAGUCUGCUUCCAGUUUCAGCUUCAGUGUGUGUAUGUGUGAGUGUGAGAGCGACUUUUCCUUGUCUGACCUCUACAGCCUGCUGCCUGCUAUAGCAUCAAGUCUGACCCAACCACCAGACGUGCUGCUAUGCACUCCGACACCCUGGUGCUAUAUCUCUCGUCUGGUUUGGACUGUGUGUGUGUGUGUUGUCAGACCGGAGUGAAAUGAUGAUAUGACAGUGUCAUACCGCUGCAGACAUGUUGUGAAAUUGUGCUUGUACUCUCAGCUUGCUCCGAAUGAACUCCGAUUAAAAUGAUGAUACAGAA